UUACGAUGAAGUUUGACGCAUGCGUACUUACGUAAACACAAACUUCCUUCGUAAACAUGGCUGACGUGGAUUUUCACGGAGACCAAGAUGAUCUUAACGAGGUAUCUUUGGAAGGGGAGAUGACUGUACCUUUAACAGCCGGUGAUGGAAACGAUGAUGAGUUAUCUACCUUAGAUGAGCCUGUAAAAGACACUGUGCUUCGUGACCUGAAAGCUGUAGGAAUUAAAUUCUUCCAUGUUCUCUAUCCAAAACAGAGUACUGUCUUGCUACGAGAAUGGGAUUUGUGGGGUCCUCUCAUUUUAUGUGUAUACUUGGCUUUGAUGCUUCAGAGUUCACCACAACACCUUGACCAGCAGUUAUCUGGUGGACCAGAAUUUUCUGAGGUGUUUGUCAUAUUUUGGGUUGGAUCUGUAGUUGUAACUCUAAAUUCUAAACUACUUGGUGGAAAUAUAUCAUUCUUCCAAAGUGUCUGUGUUCUUGGCUACUGUGUCACACCACUUGCCAUUGCACUUACAAUUUGCCGUUUGAUUCUCCUUGCUCAUCAGACAACAGCUCUCUUCGUCGUUCGCUUUUGUAUUAUUUUCCUUUCCUUCGGAUGGUCUACAUUUGCUGCCACUGCCUUCUUGGGAGAUAGCCAAUCAGACAGGAGGAAAGUACUUGCCAUGUAUCCCAUAUUUCUGUUUUACUUUAUCAUCAGCUGGUUGGCUGUUUCACACACAAGCUAAUGGAUACUACAACUACUACUUCUGAGAGAAUCAGACACAAGCAGAGACUAUUUUACUGAAAAUGCUUCAUCGUCCUUUGACAUCAGGAAUAUGAAUAUUAUGUGUCACAUCUGUGUUUCUUCUCACCAGUGUCAUACUGGUCUGGAAAAGAACAAGAGCCUAUGCCUAAAUAUUGAUCCAAAAUGUUCAAUAUUUCUGUCAGUUGCUUGUAAGAGCCUGGGAGAUUUUGGUAUCAUAUUUUUUUUCUUUACUCAAAGCAUACAACUGACUUCUUAUAUAUAGUUUGUUAUGUUUAAUCAUAGCAAACAUUGUUCUGGGGCCUGACUUUUGUAACAUAGGAAUGCCUGAACUUUUAUGGUCAUGUAUUACUGCUCAAAACCAUUCCAUCUUAUAUACAUAUAAAACACAUAAAUAUGAAAUAUAACAUACA